AUGAUAUUUGUCUUCGCACGAUUUCGAUAUGACGACUUUUCUUUUAAUUUGGAUCUUUUUGACCACUCAGAGAAACUGGAAAAACUUGGAUUUGAGGUAAAACUCAGGCGGACUAUUGACUACGAGAUGGUGAUAUUCGCGUUCGAAGGUCAUACGGUUUUCACGUGCCUAGCAACCAACCUGUCGGUCUUGGGAUGUUCAACCUAUGACCCCACUGCGUGCCGACUGAUCAAACUGAUGUUGGCCGAACGAAAUCAUGCUAAAUUAAGGUGUAAACUAUGUUAA